AAGUGCAGGCUGCACGGAGCGCCCCGGCUGUGACUCUCUCUCAGCCUCUUUGAAGAAGCGAUGAGGAGAAGGAGUCGUCUCCCUGCUGAUACCAGGACGUCAGGGAUGCACUAACCCCCGUUUGUUUUCCUCUGGGAUCAUAUUUGUAUAUUUCUCCGGAAAACAAACAAUACCCUGCGGAUUUGGCGUAUCCAUCACUCGGAUGCGAGCAGAGCCAGGCCCGACUUAACAAUGGGCCCCAUACCCCUGUGUGUUCUGCUCCCGCUGACGGUGCUGGCUGUGGUGGUGGUGGCUGUUGCUGCUGAUGGGAAUGCAGUGGAUGAUGAAUAUACCUGGCCACAGUGGAAGGUUCCUCUGGUAAGGAAAAGACGCACUGUGCCACUCAGCAGCCCAAACUUCUCAGCUCAGCCCCAGAAUGAGCUGAGGGGGACCUGCGGUAUUGAGUGUCAGCGUCGCCUCCCUGCCACCUCUCUGGAUGACCUGGAGCAGUUCCUGUCCUACGAGACGGUUUAUGAGAACGGCACACGCACGUAUACCUCAGUUUCUGUGCAGGGCCUCAAUGAAGUUACUACCUGGUCUGGAAACAGCUCAUCCAGCUCCCGCCACAAACGAGAGGUGUAUGGCACAGAUACUCGCUUCACCAUCUCUGACAAGCUGUUUUCAACCAAAUACCCCUUCUCCACCUCCGUCAAGAUCUCCACGGGAUGCUCAGGGGUUCUUGUGUCACCCAAGCAUGUGUUGACCGCUGCCCACUGCAUCCACGACGGAAAGGAUUACCUAGAUGGUGUCCAGAAGCUCCGUGUUGGCAUUCUGAAGGAGAAGUCUAGAAGAGGAAAAGGAGGCAAAGGGAGAGGAGGGAGAGGAAAGGGCAAGAGGAGAAGGGGAGAGAAAGGUCAAGAGGACAUGCAGGAGAAGGAAGACAAUGGUGAGAAAGGGGAACGAAGAGGAAAGCAGAGAGGUGGAAAGAGACGGAAUCGACGAAGUGCUGAUUCUGAGAAACCUUCAUUCAGGUGGACCAGGGUCAAGCAGACUCAGGUACCUAAAGGCUGGUUCAAAGGUGUGUCUGAUGGACUGGCUGCUGAUUAUGACUACGCUGUUCUGGAGUUGAAGAAAGCCCCAAAAGUCAAGCACAUGGAUCUUGGUGUUAUCCCCUCGCUGAAGAAGCUCCCCGCUGGAAGGAUCCACUUCUCCGGCUUUGAUGAUGACCGGCCUGGAAACCUGGUGUACAGGUUCUGCUCUGUCUCAGAGGAGUCCAAUGAUUUGUUGUAUCAGUACUGUGAUGCCAAACCCGGCUCCAGUGGCUCUGGGGUCUAUAUCCGCCUCAAAGAGCCCGGCAAGAAGAAGUGGAAGAGGAAGAUCAUUGGGGUGUUUUCUGGUCACCAGUGGGUGGAUGUAAACGGGGACGGGGCGCAGCAGGAUUACAAUGUGGCGGUGAGGAUAACUCCUCUCAAAUAUGCUCAGAUCUGCUACUGGGUCCACGGGGACUCGAGCGAGUGCAAGGUAGCUUAAUCCAACACAGGACUCCCCCUAAACCAUCAACCAGUUCCUAUCCCUUUGACCCUCCUUUAUACAAGGAACCCCCAGACUGCUCCAACCCCUGUCCCACUGUCAUCACCACUGCCUCUCCUCCUCUUGCCUCCCUGUUACCUCCUGUGACUUUUGCUACACUGACCUACACGAACACACACACACACACACACACACACACACACACACACACACACACACACACACACACACACACACACACACAUACAUGCACACAUUCCACAAACAGCCAUACAGACUCAAGAGACCUGUGGCUCUUCAGCUUUUCUAAUUUAUUUGCUAAAAAAUAACUGAGAAAAAAAAUAUGUAUAGUUUUUAUUUUCAGAUCAUUCAGGUCUGCAAGUUUCCAUUUUGACUCCUUUUUUAUAUUUGACUCUUUUGGAUGCAACAUUGGAUAGCAUGCUAAUUCAAAUGUGUGUGAGCAAAGCCUUGGUAGUGCCUUGUAUUUCAACAAGACUUUGUAUGGAGACUGUUUUUUUAAAGUGUUGUCAACCAUUGUUAGAAAAAAAAAGAAAAAAGACGGAUGUUGGCUUUGACAAAACACCCAGAACAAAUAAAUCAAAGUUUUGUUUUGCAGAAAAUCUAUCCGGAAAUAUUGAGAUAAUUGGUUUUAUAAAGAAUUUCUUUAAUCAAGCUGGUGUUUUUGUAUUGUGUAUAUCUAGAAAUGUAAUACCCUUGAAAAAACAUCUAUUUCUCUGUCUAAAUAGAGAAAAAGUCCUUAUGGAUUCUAGUAGGAAGAUUUGUCUGAUUUGGGAGUCCCACAUUAACUUGCCUCUGUUCUUGCAACAGAAUGAAAUAUGCUUUCAUUGUUGCGCACAUAACUAUAACGGUGCUUAUCCAGAAGACGUGGUGCUAAUUUAUGGAAUUGUAAACUUUCUGGUUGGAGGGCUUGUCAGAAUAUAUUGUGAUAGCCUAGUACUGUAACUAUGUAUUUAAUGUAAGGCUACAUAAAUGGGUUGUGUCACAUGAUCCAUUUCACCCAUUACUUGAGCUGUUGAGAUUUUUUCUAAUUCUAGGAGAUAAAUGAGAUUGUAUUGUUACGUAAUGACAGACUGAAUUCUGGGAUGUGAUGGGAUGUGAUGUUUUUUUUCAUAUUAUGUUCCAAAAAUACAUAUGAGUAUCCUUUGAAUACCAAAUACAUGAAUUUAAUGAGGCGGGUUGAAUACCACCAUCCAUUAAACCGAGAUGACAAUUUG